GUAAUCGCAGGUAACUUUCUUACGAUAGCCUUCCGCUGCACGACCUAGUGCUCGCAGAGCAACUGCAUUUUGAGGAUUUCAGACACGGUACGCAAAACGGGGCGUCGGAUCCCGGCGAUUUAGCCGCUCUUACCGUCGUCCGACGUUACGGCCGCGUUUUUUCCCUGCUGGAAACCCCCCAGUCCCUCAAAGGCGUUUGAAAUCGGACACCGCUGGCGUUGAGGCCCUCACUUUUUUGUGCGGAGGGAUACGUUGUUGCGUCUGACAAUGUGGACGGAGGUGGUGAAGAUGUCUACGAGAAGAAUGAAAUCAUCUCAGUUGUAACAACAAAAAAGGAAGACGUGAGAUUAGUUGUUGUUACACAUUUGUUUGCACACGGACUUGUUACGUUGUAUCAAACACGUGGGCGCUGUGUGAAAAGCAGCUUCCCGGGACAAAAGGAAGACAGCUCCUGUGCUCCAAUGCGUUUCAUGCACUGAGGUCGAAAUUCUCUUGAAGUUUUAUGUUUUUCCCCUUGCGAGUCUCCGCUUUUCUUUUUCCUGUUGGAUAUCAGACACUCGGAGAGGAGAGGGAUUAUUAGAGACUGAAGGGUAUGAGCGAACAGCAGCAAAGAAUGGCUGCAGUGGGAACUGACAAGGAACUCAGCGACCUCCUGGAUUUCAGUGCGAUGUUCGCACCUCCAGUAGCCAACGGGAAAAACAGGACAAUGACACUUGCCAGCACUCAGUUCAGUGGAUCAGCAAUUGAUGAGCGCAGUGGCUCUGGGUCUUGGGGUUCUGCAGAACAGAACAGUCCCUCUUUUAGCCAAGGACGGAACUAUGGUGAAGGAUCUCACUACAAUGAGCAUGAAGGCUUGUCUUCUCCAUUCAUCAGUUCAGGGAUUGCUGGUAAAAGUGAGAGACCGCCAUAUCCUCCAUUUGCAGGCCAGCCCGGUUUUCUUCCUAGUGACAUAGCGAUGCCCAGCCCAGAUGCCAUGUCACCCUCUGGUCUGAAGUCUGGCUCUCAGUUUUAUCCGUCAUAUCCCAACAACCCGAGGAGAAGGCCGCCUGAAGGAGGCAUAGACACCCAGCCAAAGAAGAUUCGGAAACCCCCUGGCCUGCCAUCCUCGGUAUAUGCAUCCACAUCUGGAGAGGAGUAUGCUCGGGACAACGCAGGAUACCCUGGUGCGAAGCCUGGAGCAGUGUACCCUGGCUCCUUCUACAUGCAAGAAGACCCCUGGUCAUCUUCUGGCUAUUCUGCAAUGCUGGGUAAUUCCCCUCACAUCGGACAGCCAGGCUCCUUCUCUGCAAUUAAUCCCCAGGACAGGAUGAAGCGUCACCCCCUGCCUCUGUCCCCACAGAACUAUCCACUGCACGGCAGUGAAGUCAACGGCUUUCACACGGCCCCCACCACCUACAACCACACGCCCGCCAUCAACGGAGAAGGCAUAAUGGCCAACCGAGGCACCACAGCUGGCAGUUCGGGAGAUGAAAUUGGGAAGGCUCUUGCCUCAAUUUACCCAUCGGACCACAACAGUAAUAACUUCUCCUCAGCUCCGUCUACUCCUGGAUCCCCUCAGACUAUAGCAGGGGCUCAAUCUCAGUGGCAAAGACCAACCACACCCAGCUAUGAAGGGCAGCCACAUGCACUGCAGAGUAAAAUGGAGGACCGUUUGGAAGAGGCUAUCCAUGUGCUACGCAACCAUGCUGUGGGCCAGGGUCCGGGCUUGGAGGGCGGCCACCCUGACAUGCAGAGCUUGCUGUCCUCAGUACAGAACGGGGGCCUUGGAGGCCUCUCUCCAGCUUUUCCCAAUGCUAGCCUUGCCCUUAGCAACAGACAUCCUGCGAUGCAGGGAGGGAAACACGAGGAGCCCACAGGCCUUCCUCCCAGCAGCACUCUCCUGCACGGCCAUCACGCAUCCGGCCCCACACCAGCAGUUGGCCAACCAGAGGGCUUCACCAGUCUUCCCGGUGGUUUGGCUCGGUCCACACACUCCUCCAGCAGCUCAGACAUCAAAAGAGAAGACAAAGAGGAUGAUGAAAAUUCCUCUAUUGCAGACAAGUCUGAGGAAGAAAAGAAGGACCCCAAAGCAGCGCGCAGUCGAACAAGAAAGGAGGCGUUGACCCUCCAGAUGCUCUCUGGCCUUUCAGACCAGAAAGAUGAUAGUCAGGAUAAUGAAGACGAUGAGGACGUUCCCCCUGAGGUGAAGAUGGAGCGGGAGAGGGAGCGACGAGUUGCUAACAACGCCCGUGAGCGCCUCAGAGUACGGGACAUCAACGAGGCAUUUAAGGAGCUCGGGAGGAUGUGCCAGCUGCACCUCAGCCAUGACAAACCUCAGACCAAACUUCUCAUCCUUCACCAAGCGGUCAAUGUCAUCCUUAAUUUAGAACAACAAGUCAGAGAGCGCAACCUCAACCCCAAAGCAGCGUGUUUAAAACGCCGCGAGGAGGAGAAAGUGUCUGGGGUGGUGGGUGACGCACCCAUGCAGCUCUCAGGAGGCCAUCCUAGCAUGGGAGGAGAUGGCCACAAUCCAGUUGGCCACAUGUAACACCAGACCCGGAGGUCUUUUUUGCCUGGCUGUCAGAGGAUGUGGCCUUAACCGAUUUCUUCCACCCAUUAUUCUCAGUGUGUGUGUAAAUGUGGACAUGUCUGUGUAUUGUCCGUUCAAGUUUCAAGAUGCACAUUCACACAAUCGUACACACAUGCAUACUGCCAAAACUGACACAGCCUGUUUGUCGCACUCCCAACCAUGACUACAAGCUCAAAUGUGAAGAACUUUUUUUUUUAAGUUUUGCUUUGUUUUAUACAUGUAAGAUUUUUUUUAUUUCUUUUUGGUUUCCACAUGAUAAAAUGCCAGAGUACUUUUUGCCCUGCCACAAAUUGGGACUUCACACACUGCCGAGAAGUGCUCUGGUUAAAAAAAAAAACAAACAAAAAAACAAAAAACAAAAAAAAAGGAAGAAAAAAAUGGAGACCUAAACAAACACAGAUUAAAUCAAGGAUUUGUGCCUAAUUGUUACAUGUUUUCUAUUUGACAUUUAAGCAAAUUGCUUUACAUGUGAGGAACAUUUAUUGUGAGGGAUGGCUUAUGUGGAUAAGCAAUUAUUGUUAAUGUCGUCAUUCCCAGCGUGAUGGUACAGUCUUACAUAUGUUAUGUAACCAAGCCCAUAGUUGAAGAUGAAUUGUCAGAAUGCAGCGACUUUUCCUUGUCCUUGAGGGCAGCGGAGGGGAAACAUGCUGAAAGGCAUAAGUCAAACGACUCGAGAGUUCAAACACAGCUUACCUGCAAGACGGGAACUCUGACCCAGAGAAGUCUGACUGGAGCCCAGUCUCAUCCCUCAAAGCCCCUCAAAGCAUCUGGAGACUUGGAAUCAAAGACUUCUUCCUUGAAGAUAAUGAAUUAUCCAAGUAGUAGAAUUUGUCAACUACAAAACUGUUCUUCCUGUUCGUUGACCAUGAAUUCUAGUGUUACUCCAGUAGACCCUUUUUAUAGAUCCAGGUUCUUUCACUGCUUUUUGUACUGAAGCGUACACUGACAUGACAAAGCACAGUUGUACAAUUUUAAGCAGGAAAUCGAGUGUUGACCUAUAUUGCGUUCUGGUCCCUGAAAGUCCUGUACAGAAAAGCCAUUCGAAUCUCUUGCUAAGUGAUCAGCACCACCGAGUGCGGUAACUUCCGAAACAAAAUAAAAGGUUUACUGACAGUGCCAGCAGACUUUCCCUGAAUUGGUGAUCUGAAAAAGAAAAAAAAAAUUACCUGGGUUCCUUUUUAAAGGAGGGAUCUCAUCAGUCCCUUGGUAGUCGAAGCGUGUGAGCUUUGUACCUGAGGGUUUCUUUUCCUAAACGAGCAUUCCCACUGAAUUACAGCCCUUCACCUUCCUCCUGAGUAAGUGUGUUCUCACAUUUCUUACCAAGAGAAGUGUGAUGUGUAAAUUCACAGCAUACAUUAUUCUGUUUCAUUUUUCAAAAUUAAAUAUAUAUAAAAAUCUAUAUUUUUUGUUAGUCUAUACAUUGUAGAUUUUUUACAUAAAUGGCAAUAUUAGUCUGAAGUUUAGAGUGUAUUGUAGACAAGCUGUAUGAGGGGAUAUUUGACAUUUAAAUGAAAUUGUUGGAAAAUGAAUUCAAAAUUAAACUGGGAUGACAGAGGAGAGGGGUCAACAGAUGGCGAAUGACAUGUUGAAAUUGUUUGGUGUAUUCUUUUAUUCCAGUUUGUGGUUGUUGUUGGUUUUUUUUUUUUUUUUUUUUUUUUUUUUUGGUAAGGCGUAUCAUCAGCUACCCACUUCAGGUCUUUCUACACCGUUUGAGCUAAUGUGGACAGAGUUUGUGCCACCAGCACUCUGAUGUCUUUAGACUUCAGCAGUGAGGCACUGGCAAAAAAAAAAAAAAAAAAAAAA